AAAAAUAUCCUUAGAAGGAUCAAAGGCAUAGCCAUAAGCGAUAAUGGGGAAGACGAAGAAGAAGUUCAUCGACAAGAAAAAGUCCGCAACUUUCCAAUUAAUCGCUCGUGAUUCCUCCGACCCAUUAUUCUCCGACUCCGACCGCGUCUUUGUCCGCGUUGACAACAACCCUUUCUCCGUCGCCGACGAAGUCCCCUCCGGCGACGGCGAUCCCAAUUCGAUCUUUGAAGAUGCCCCUGAUGACUUCGACGACGAUGGCGAUGACGAUGACCGGGUUAGCAGGGGGGGUGGUGGUGGCGGCGGUGGUCAGUUGUCGGAGGAGGUUAGGAGGGAGAUUCUGGAACUAGGGUUUCCUGAUGAUGGGUAUAACUACUUGAGUCAUUUGAGGGAAAUUAAGAAUGCUGGUAGUGGUUCUGCUUUCUAUCACAAUCCCAAGUUCAAGGCUCAGCACGUUCCUCAUGAUGUUAAGGCAUACGAUGCUUCAAGAUUGCGAAUUUCGGAGGCUGAUGAAGAGCCUGUAGAAAACUCUAUCUACAAUGUUGCAUCUAAGACUGCCAGCGUAAGGGUUCAGAAAGCAGUUGAUCCUGAUGUAGCUGCGUUGCUUGAUGAUAGUGAUUUGUCGCGGUUUGGCUCCGACCUUGAAGAUUUGGAGGAAGACUUUGUUGUCCAGGCUAACCUCCAUGAAGAAGAAGCUGGUGAAGAAGAGAAUGCACAUAUAUGCAGUGUUACGGACUUCGCUGAGGAAUCUUUGAUAAAGAGAAACAAAAACAAUGCUCUAGUAAUGCAAGUUUCUGCACAUUCCAGAGUUACAGAUGAUUGUGUAUAUUUUGAUGGGGCAAAUGGUGUAACAGGAGAGGGCUGUUCUGUUGAGAAGUCAGGAGCUCUUCGUCUGUUGGAUGAGGAAUUUGAUUUACUUUUACGCCAAGAAUUUGGAACUAAUGUUAACAAUGAUGAUGAUGAUGGUGAUUGUUAUGAAAAUUAUCAAGCUGGAGAAGAUGAAUCCCUUGCUGAGAAGCUCAAACCCUUUCUUAACAACCAUGACAUGGAUGACCAAGAAACUGAUCAGAGCAAUUACAAGGCUCCUGCAGAUGACUCUGCUGCUGAUGUGAUUAGUCGUUGCAAGGAAUAUGCUGAGGUGUAUGAAGUUGAAGAUAAAGACAAGGAUGUUGUACUUGUUCAGGAAAGUAGCGAUGAAUCAGAAGUUUGGGAUUGUGAGACUAUUGUUUCAACGUACACAAAUUUAGAUAACCACCCUGGAAAGAUUGAAGCACCUGAAGUAACUAGGAAAAAGAAAUUGGCUGAAGCUGUGUCAGCAGCCUUGAGUUCCUCUAGUCAAAUAAUAUCCCUUAGAGGAAAAGAGAAACUCCCGAUAGACUUCUUGCCUAGUGGCAGAAAACCUGCUUUUGAAAAGGUUGAAGGCCCGAGCACUGCAAAAAGUGAACAGUAUAAGAGAAAACAACAUGGCCUAGAGUCAAAGGAGGAGAAGAAAGAAAGGAAGACUGCGGUGAAGGAGGAACGGCGUGAGGCACGUCGUGUUAAAAAAGAAAUGAAAGGGCUUUAUAAGUGUGAAACACAUCGGGCACAGAGAGCUGCUGCUGUAUCUGGUCCUUCUUCCAUUCCUCUUAUGUAAGUUCACAAUUACAAGUACCGGCUCGUCACUUGUGUGUCUGCCAUUCAACUAACGUGAUGCUUGUGCAGCUUUAUGAUGUUUUCAUAUCCCAUUACAAAGUUUUGCCGAGGGAAUACUACACAUGGCUGUUGAGGGUCUUUUUCCCAAGCAAGAAAGUGCUCAAGAGAGUUUUGAUAUCAUUAUUGGUUAUACAUAAUGUUAAGCAAGUUUGUUUUUUAGGAAGGGAGUGCUUGAGUAGCUUUUGUUUUGCAGUGCAAAGUCCAGCAACCAUAUACUUUUCUUUUAGCAUUAAUUAUUGACGAGGAUAUAUAAUAAAUUGUUUUAUUUAUAUUUCU